CGUCGCCUCGCAGCGCGGGGCCGCGGGUGCGUGCGUGAGCCGCGGGGGCGCCGGGCCCGGCUCCCGAGCUUUCUGGCCCGCAGGGGUAUCGACGGCCGCCGGCUCCCGGGGUGGAGGCAGGUGUCGGGGUGUCAGCGGCGGCGUCGACCAUGGAAGGGCCGCAGCUGCUUCCGCAGUCCGAUCGGCCGCUGUGCGACAGCCUCAUCAUCUGGCUGCAGACAUUCAAUACUACUGCACCUUGUCAAGAUGUCCAACAGCUGAAUAACGGAGUUGCCAUGGCACAAGUUCUACACCAAAUUGAUGUCUCUUUUUUCAAUGAAUCUUGGUUAAGCCGAAUUAAAGAAGAUACUGGUGACAACUGGAGAAUAAAGGCUAGUAAUUUAAAGAAAGUACUUCAAGGAAUAAUGAGUUACUACAAUGAGUUUCUGGGGCAACAGAUUUCUGAAGAUCUUAUCCCUGAUCUAAACCAAAUAACUGAGCAUUCAAAUUCUCUGGAACUUGGGAGGCUGCUUCAGCUUAUUUUAGGUUGUGCAGUUAACUGUGAGAAGAAGCAAGAACAUAUAAAAAACAUAAUGACGCUUGAAGAGUCUGUUCAACAUGUGGUCAUGACUGCUAUCCAAGAGUUGAUGAGUAAAGAAAUACUGAGCAAUCCUACCAGUGAUGCUGUUGGAGAAUUAGAGCAACAGCUUAAACGGGCCUUGGAAGAACUUCGGGAAGCAGUGGGAGAAAAAGAAGAACUAAAGCAAAGAUGCCAAGAGCUAGAUAUGCAGGUGACUGCACUUCAAGAUGAAAAGAAUUCACUAGUUUCUGAGAAUGAGAUGAUGAAUGAAAAACUUGACCAGUUGGAUGGAUCUUUUGAUGACCCCAAUACAAUGGUGGCAAAAAAGUAUUUUCAUGCACAACUCCAACUAGAACAAUUACAGGAAGAAAACUACAGGCUUGAAGCUGCCAAAGAUGAUUACCGAGUUCACUGUGAAGAACUUGAAAAGCAACUAAUUGAAUUUCAGCACAAGAAUGAUGAAUUGACGAGUCUGGCUGAAGAAACAAGAGCCCUAAAAGAUGAAAUAGACGUUCUUAGGGCUACCUCUGAUAAAGCAAAUAAACUUGAGUCAACAGUUGAGGUAUAUCGUCAGAAGUUACAAGAUCUGAAUGACCUACGUAAACAAGUGAAAACCUUGCAGGAAACAAACAUGAUGUACAUGCAUAAUACAGUCAGCUUGGAAGAAGAAUUAAAGAAAGCAAAUGCAGCACGCACACAGUUAGAAACGUAUAAACGACAGGUUCAGGACCUUCACAAUAAGCUUUCUUCUGAAUCUAAAAGAGCAGAUACACUGGCAUUUGAAAUGAAAAGACUUGAAGAAAAACAUGAAGCUUUGCUUAAGGAAAAAGAGAGACUAAUAGAACAGCGUGAUACCCUGAAGGAGACAAAUGAAGAGCUUCGAUGUUCACAAGUACAACAGGACCACCUGAGUCAAACAGAUGCAUCUGCUACAAAAAGUUAUGAGAACCUUGCUGCUGAGAUUAUGCCAGUAGAAUAUAGGGAGGUGUUUAUACGACUACAGCAUGAAAACAAGAUGCUUCGCUUACAGCAGGAAGGUACUGAGAAUGAACGGAUUGAAGAACUUCAGGAGCAUCUAGAACAGAAGAACCGCAAGAUGAAUGAACUAGAAACUGAGCAAAGGUUGAGCCAAGAGCGCAUCCGAGAACUACAACAGCAGAUCGAGGACCUUCAGAAAUCUUUACAGGAACAAGGCUCCAAAUCUGAAGGAGAAAGUUCCAGCAAAUUAAAGCAGAAGUUGGAAGCUCAUAUGGAAAAACUAACAGAGGUCCAUGAAGAAUUACAGAAGAAACAAGAGCUUAUUGAAGAUCUUCAGCCAGAUGUAAACCAGAAUGUUCAGAAGAUCAGUGAACUUGAGGCAGCUCUUCAGAAGAAAGAUGAAGAUAUGAAAGCAAUGGAGGAAAGAUACAAAAUGUACCUAGAGAAGGCAAGAAAUGUAAUAAAAACAUUGGAUCCAAAAUUAAAUCCAGCAUCAGCUGAAAUAAUGCUACUUAGAAAGCAGUUGGCUGAGAAGGAAAGAAGAAUUGAAAUUCUGGAGAGUGAAUGUAAAGUAGCAAAAUUUCGUGAUUAUGAAGAAAAACUCAUUGUUUCUGCUUGGUAUAAUAAGAGCCUGGCAUUUCAGAAGCUGGGGAUGGAAUCUAGACUUGUGAGUGGCAGUGUUACUGGCAAGGACUCGGGGGCCUGUACUCCGGCAAGGUCAUUCUUAGCACAGCAGCGUCAUAUCACCAACACCAGAAGAAAUCUCUCUGUUAAAGUUCCUGCCGCAACAGUUGAUUAAAAUGCAGAAGAAGAACCAAACUAGAAGUGCCCUUAAAAUUUUUUUUUGUCUUUCAACUAACUACCAAUUGAAAAAGGUGUUUGUAACACUUAUAUCAGCGAUUGUAAAAUCAAAAAUGCAUGGUUUAUUUUACCAGCUGCAUUGAAAACAAAAUAGAAAAUUUGGCUAUCUCUGAGGGACCAUAUUUAAAAAACUGAAAAAAAUAUAUGUAGUUAGGCACAAUCACAAGCAAAGGUUGAACUUUUAAGAGUAUUAUUAUUUCAGAUUGUAUAUUUUAGUGAAUUGUCUUCAGUUGCAACAAUAACUUGGUUGAUCUGCAGUCUGUAAUCAGUAGUAUGUAAUUG